GGUCUGGUCUGCUGCACCAUUCUGAACCUCUUUUGCGGAGAUAUCUUUUCAUCAGUUGGGUAAUCCCAUUCGCAAAGUAGGCAUUUUUAUUCUCACAUCCAUGUGGCUCAGUGGUGGUCUAUAUAACCCCUGUAAGUUUCAUUCUGACAAAGAGGACCAGAAAAAGGACUGUCUGUUUCAGGUUUAAUAGGAACAUAUUGGUAUGUGUUUGUUUUUUGGUAUUUACCAUUUCAAUGUAUUCAGUUGGUCAGGAAUUACUCCUGCGUAUCAAAGCAAGCAUCACAGGUAACUGAUUCUGAUACAUUCAGACAUCAGCCGUCAUUAUGGAUCGCCGGUCAAAGGCUGCCGCCUCGGAUGAGAACACUGCUCUGCUGGGCGGAGAACCGGGGACAGCUUCCCUGGUCAACAAUUCCCGACUGUUCCUGGCCGUCUUCUCCGUGGUCCUGGGCAACUUCAGCUUCGGCUACUCCCUGGUGUACGCCUCGCCGGUGCAGACCGCUCUCCAGGGGUCUGAGGACCCGCGGCUCCAGAUGGACUCCACGCAGUACGCCUGGUUCGGCUCCAUCUACUCCCUGGGCGCCGCCGCCGGCGGGCUGGGCACCAUGAUGCUCAACGACAUGAUCGGCCGCAAGAUGAGCAUCAUGACGUCGGCGCUGCCCUCCGCGGUCGGGUACAUGCUGAUGGGCGGAGCCUCAGACAGGUGGAUGCUCCUUUUAGGGCGCUUCCUGACGGGCAUCGCCGGGGGGAUGACUUCUGCCUCCAUACCAGUCUAUAUCUCAGAGAUCUCCCACCCAGCGAUCAGAGGGGCCAUGGGUUCCUGCCCACAGAUCACUGCAGUGUGUGGGGCCUUGGUUCUCUACGCUCUGGGCACGUGGCUGCCCUGGCGCUGGCUGGCGGUGGCGGGGGGGGUCCCGGCGGUGGCCCUGGUGGUCCUGGUGGCCCUGAUGCCCUCCUCCCCCAGGAGGCUGCUCUCGCUGGGCCGGGAGGAGGAGGCGGAGGAGGCCCUGCGCUGGCUGAGGGGGCGGGACUACGACGUGCAGACGGAGCUCCGCGCUGUGCAGAACAGCAUCAGAUCCCAGAGGGGCGUCACCCUGAGGGAGUUGGCCACGCCCACGUACUACCGGCCCAUCCUCAUCUCCGUGGGGAUGCGAUUCCUGCAGCAGCUGUCGGGCAUCACUCCCACUCUGGUCUACAUGCAGUACAUCUUAUCCACAAGCAAAAUAGCUCUGGAUCCCGGGAUCGCCACGGUCAUCGUCGGAGUCGUCCGCCUGUUCUCGGUCGCCAUAGCAGCCAGUUUGAUGGACAGGGCCGGACGUAAGGCCCUGCUGUACACCUCCAGCAUGCUGAUGAUCCUGUCCAGCCUGAGUCUCACCAUGUACUCCCACGCCAACGGGUGCACCCCCCCGCCGACCCCACCCAACGUCACCCGCCUCCCCCAGCCCGGGUUCGACUCCCUCGGGGUCGCGCCCGCAGGCCUCAGCCUGGUGCCGCUCUUCCUCGUCAUCAUCUUCAUCUUCGGCUACGCCAUGGGCUGGGGACCAAUCACGUGGCUCCUGAUGGCGGAGGUGCUGCCCCUGGUGGCCCGGGGCGUGGCCUCUGGGCUGUGCGUGGCGGUCAGCUGGCUGACGGCCUUCGCAGUGACGCACCUCUUCAUUAUCCUGGCCGACAGGUACGGCCUGUACGUGCCGUACCUGUGCUUCACCGUGGUGUGUGUGUUCUGCCUGCUCUUCACAGCCGUGCGCGUCCCCGAGACGCGGGGGCGCACGCUGGAGGAGAUUGAGAACUUUUUCAGAACCGGACGCACUUUCACAAUCAGCAGCUAGAGGUCCAGGGUUGGGUUCAUGAGACCUGUGAGCGUGAAUGAACAAUCACGUGCACACGCACACACGGAGGUCAAUGAUUCGUUGAGAUCGGGGCUUGGAAGUGUUUGAAAUGGAGGUUGUAUCUUACCCCAAACUUGUACAUUACCUACUAACAGUCAAGUUGCAGGUGCUAUUUCCUGAAUCUUCUGGAAUUCUUAUCCUCAGCGAAAAAGUGUCAGGGAACCUGGCUAUAGAAAGAUAUGUUCACCUGUUCUCCACUGUGCCUUUGACUUGGAACAGUUCUCUGUUAAAUAAUAUCAAUAAAAAAUGACCGUGGUCUGUACUACUUCCAAAAGUUAUUUUGCGAUGAUCAUGGUGUGCAGCACUUCAAUGAGUAGUGUUUGUGCUAUGAGGAUCAGAGGGAGCUGUGUUUAUAGUCUACACCUUCUCAAUACAACAAUAUCCAGAGCUCAGAGGAAGCUGGAGCAACAAACUCCACCUUGUCAUUACUAGGCAACAACAACUACUGAAAUUAGGGAACCUGCUUUUAGCACAAAGUUUAAAGUUGAAAGGAAACGCCUUAAUGAGGGACAAACUGUGUAGUAAUGAUGACUCAACUGAAGGGUGUAAACGCAGGGAGUUUUAAUGUCUAAAGGCUGCUGAACGUGCAUCGGCUGAGAACUUGUUUAGCAGACCUAGGCCUGCUGGCUUUAAGGGCGUAUGGGCGUAGCUUCAGAACAUUUAGAAGAAUGGGUUGCCUGACGAUCAAGGGGAACCUUUUGGAUGGGAGUCUGAAUCUACAGUCAGACUACUGGAAUCAAAGGCUGAAGGACUGUCUGACGGAUGACGGAGGGGGCCGGCGUGAGGCAGCCUCCACCCGGCCCGGGCCAGGGUGGAGGCAGCACGUCUGGUGUCCGUCGAAGGAUCCGUGUGCACAGGUUAAACCAGCCAUCAACGCACACACUCAGAGAGAGAUCCCCUGCACGGCCACGUGGAGCACCAGCACCAAGUCUCCAUCGACAGUCUUCUAACAAUAAACUGGCUUUCAACA